AUGGCGGACGAUGGCAUGAUUAUGAAUUUUGACCUGGGGACGGGUCCCAUAAAGUCCCACGUCAAGAUCCAGGGAGGACGAUGGCGCGACAGAGUGAAGGCGCAGAGGAUUGCGAACAAGGGCGGCGACAAACGUCCUUCAUCACCAUCUUCAGACGCCCCGCCGACCCAAAGAUGGACGCCCGGAAACAGGAAGUCUCACAGAGCCGACAAUGACGAUGGCUCUCACGAGCGCCCGGCGAAGCGACCAAGAGCCGACCCUCCGAGGCCAAGCUCCUACCAGACCGGCAAGCUGCCGCCGGGUAGCAUCUCCAGCGGCAGGCCGAGGGACGGCCAGGUCACUUCCAGACUUUUCUCAUUCAACCCGACACCCAAGACUGUGUUUGACGACCCGAGCGAAGAGAAGGUUGAGGAAGUUGCGAGAGAACCGUCGAACGCCGCGUUAUCCGCCGAAGCUGCCAGUUUCCACGCCCUCGGCAUCUCACGACGUCUCGCCCUGACGCUAUCCGACAAGAUUCAGCUCAAGGCCCCGACUGCGAUCCAGGCCAAGGUUAUACCGCAACUCAUCACAGAAGACAGCGAUGCGUUUGUGCAGGCGCAAACAGGUUCCGGAAAGACUCUGGCUUACCUGCUUCCCAUCCUCCAACGGAUCUUGUCAGUCGAGGGUCAGAUCAAGAGAGACUCGGGCCUCUUUGCCAUCGUUUUGGCGCCGACACGCGAACUUUGCCGGCAGAUUGAUGUCGUUCUCGCCAAGAUCCUUCCACCUUACCUCGUCAGCACAACCGUCAUCGGUGGUGAGAGUAAGCACUCUGAGAAGAGCCGUUUGAGGAAAGGUGUCAACAUUCUCAUCGCCACACCCGGUCGUCUGAGCGAUCAUCUCAACAACACCAAGAGCCUCGAUGUCGGUACUGUGAGGUGGUUAGUCCUCGAUGAAGGUGAUCGUCUGAUGGAGAUGGGUUUCGAGGCGGAGCUGCGUACCAUUGUUGGCAAGAUCCGUGAGGGCGGUCUCUCAGAUACGACGGCAAAUGGUGUCUCUCUUGCUGGUCUGCCGAAGCGCCGUGUCACCGUUCUGUGUUCCGCUACCAUGAAGAUGAACGUCCAGAAGCUUGGCGAGAUCAGUUUGGAGGAUGCCGUACACGUCACGACAUCUGAAGAGGACCAGGAUGGUGCUGAGGAGGUCAAGUUUGAGGCGCCGGCGCAGCUGAAGCAGAACUACGUUAUCGUCCCUGCCAAGUUGCGACUCGUUACCCUCAUCUCGCUCCUCAAGUUAACAUUCUCACGCAAGGGUUCGGUGAUGAAGGCCAUCGUCUUCUUAUCUUGUGCCGACUCCGUCGACUACCACUUCGAUCUCCUCCGCAAACCGCAAUCCGAGGAUGAGAAAUCCUCGGCCAAUCCAUCAGGAACGGCAAACACCGUCGCCCCAGCCGGAUACAUCACGUCACCAGCCAACACCAACAUCGUCCUUCACAGGCUACACGGCUCCCUUCCCCAACCCGUCCGAACGGCCACACUUGCGUCCUACAGCAGCUGCAAAGACCCAACAGUUCUGAUCACCACCGAUAUCGCUUCGCGUGGUCUCGAUGUGCCCUCCGUCGAACUUGUCGUCGAAUACGAUCCCGCUUUCGCCGCCGCCGACCACGUUCAUCGCAUCGGUCGUACCGCUCGUGCUGGUCGCCCCGGAAAGGCCGUCCUGUUCUUGAUGCCUGGCUGCGAAGAAGGCUACAUCGAGCAUCUCAAGGCCAAGAACGCCACCCCCCCCAAGCCCGAGCUUUACGACACCGUUCUGCAGCGCGGCCUUACGACACCAAUGGAGUUCCCCGUCGAGACUGAUGCUAAGCCCCUGCCUGCAACCGACAAGAGCUUCAAUGCCCGUGCCGAGAACCUCCAACUCCACCUCGAGCAGCGCCUCCUCCUGCCGUCGAGCAAGACUCUCCUCGACGAAGCUCGCAAGGCGUUCCGCUCUCAUAUCAGGGCAUACGCUACCCACGUAAAGGAGGAGCGCGUGUUCUUCGACAUCACCGAGCUGCAUCUGGGUCACAUGGCGAAGGCCUACGGUCUGCGUGAGGCGCCAUCUGGUGUCGGUCGCGGCGACCACAGCGGCAAGAAGACUGUCAUGAAACAGAAGGCCGCUGGCAGACGUGGCGAGAAGAAGUCGUCAGGUAACGCCAUGGAGGAUAUCAACACUGCUGGAGGCGAGGAGCCAAGCGAGAUGGAGAGAAAGAUGAAGGCGAAGAUGAGGAUGGUCAUGAACGCGGCCAGCGAGUUCAACCUUGGUUGA